AUGAUUGAGAGGAUGAGAGAACUUGGCCCGACUCUCGUCUUGUUUUUGGAAAUGACCGCCGACAAUGACAGUCUUCUCGACGCGGUUUUCAGCGCGGUCACUCUGCCGCCUGUCACCACUGCAAAGCCGUCCAACGAUCACACCGAGUACCACUCGAGCACGCAAAAGCACAUCGAUAGUCAUCAGGUGCACUCGAUCACAACGCAUCACGAAACAUCGAAUGAAACUCAUUUCCAUUCAUCGUCCAUCUCUUCACACGACGUGAAAUCAGUGAACGAAAAGCUGGCUCAAUUGGCCACUCACGACGAUCAACACUCGUUGAAAAGGGACUCACUCGUUUCCACGCAAUCGUCGCUUGCGCCUCGCUCGGCGCGGGUUCAUUCCACCGCCUCGUCGAACGCUACGUCGAACACUUCUGAAGACACGCUGCACAAGAUCGAUUCGGCCUUGGCUGAGAGACACUCGCUUACAAUGGGCGGAAAUGAGUCAAAGCCGGCCUCUUCUUUCCAUUCAAAGGAUCACUCUCGAACCGCGUCGAUCGUCUCUAAUCAAUCUCAGAAAUCCCAGCACUCAAUCAAUUCACAAAAAUCGACUCAAUCGUAUCACACUGUUGCUUCUGAUGAGUCUGAUUCGACGAUCACUGGAGGAAAUGACGGAGAAUAUCAGAAUGUGCCACAUGUUCGCGCUUUUGCUCCACAAGCACCACAUCAUGAUGAGUUGCCCAUUCUUCAGUACGCAGAAGAAAAUCACUAUGAUCUUGUGCCUGAGAUUACUCCACAAGCACCACAUCAUGACGAGUUGCCCAUUCUUCAGCACGAAGAGGAAAAUCACUAUGAUCUUGUGCCCGAGAUUACGGAAGAGAUCGUUUUGGAGGAUAGUCAUGGGAGGAUCUUGGCGAGAGAGGAGGAAUUCCCGGACUACGCACCCCCACCGCCACCCAUUCAACAGCAACAACCACUCCGCUCACCGAUUCCAACCGAUCUUCUCUCCGAUCUGCGAAACAGUCGACUUUAUCAACAGAAUAUGCCGGACGACGAGACGAACACGACGAUCUCGGAUGUGCGCGUCGAGUCGAUUCUCGGAGGGCACACGAAUGGCCACAAAGCCGAGGAGUCUGAUGACGAGGAAUCGACAAUUGUUGUGCUUCGAUCGAUCGUUAAACGCGAUUUCGACUCGACUGAUGUGAUUGCUGUCGAGAAUUCGGCUAUCAAGCGCACAGCCAGCCAAGUGAAACCACUCGAUCCACAUUUGAAGACCGAAUUGCAGCAAGCCAUGCAGACGAGGGCAAUUGAGGACGAUAGCUCCUCUUCAACUCUGUCAAACGAAGAAGUGACUACUCACAAAGACUCGGCUCCAACCGGCGCUUUCCUUCAUCGAAACAGCGAUCAUUCGACGGAGGUUCAGGUUGGGAAUACAAUUCAACACGAGGAGCACGGCCAUAAAGAGUCCCUCGUUCGUCACAGUGAUCACGAGGCUGAACUCCAUGCUACAGUUGAACCUUCUCACCUCUUGCAUUUGGAGAAAAGCGACCCGGUGACGGAGUUCCACGCAACGACUGAACCGGAUCACUGGGAACCGCACCGCUUCUCGCAGUCGACCCAAGAGUCGCACGGCUUUGAGCACGCCGUUUAUCAUGGGCACUCAGCCGAACACUCGGAUGAUGAAGCGACUCUGACUUCACAAGACGCGAUCCCAGCUGUGAAAUCAUCGGAAUACCAUCUUCAUCAAGAGCCACCACUUGUCACCUCGUUGAGAAACGAUCAUCCAGAUGAUUAUCCAACAUAUUUGCAUGGAUCGAGUAUCUCAUCAAAAGCCUCAUCAAAAGCCUCAUCAAUGUCAUCUCAUGAUGGAUAUCGUCCAACUGGAGCCUAUCUUCAUCGUGGAAGUGAUGGGAGUGCGCAGAUCGGGAUCGGACAAGCAGCAUUGCCCAGAAACGCGCCGCACUUGGACUCGAUCCCAGCCGGUGGAUACGCUUAUCGACGGGACACUCUCACGUCGCACGCUUCAAAUGGCGACUCUGAGCACAGCACUGCCACUUAUGCUAGCGUACCAGUGAACAGUGCUCAACCUGUUUCUGCUCCUCCACCACCCCAAUAUCAACCCGUUCCACAGAUGACUGGCAUCCCAAGACCAAGAGCUAUUUCAAAGGACAACUAUUCGACGGUAAGCUCGAUAAAAUUGAUUCCGAAUCUCUACGAUCAACCAAAAGUCACCGAAAAGCUUCGGCCAGUCAGAGCACAAGAUGUGCUAAAGACAUUGGAAAAGGAAAAACCCAGCGAACUUCACUACGAGGAGCCGGUCUAUGAUGAGGUUUACGAUGAUCAUCGAUCGCACCACGAUUCAAUCCAUUCACAUCACGCACAUCAUAAUGUCCCAUCACAACAACACUACAACGCCUAUGAGCAACAGCCAAUUGUUGCCGGUGGAAAUGUGACUGUUGAAAAGCAAAUCCACGGCUCUCAUCACUCGAUCAACUCGGACGGUUUCGUGCACGUAAAGAAGCCGAUUCGCCAAUCGCGUCACGAACAUUACCUUCCAAUGGGUGAUCAUUUCGUUCUGCAAGAAGGCGUAAACACGCUUCGCGGACGAUGGGAACGAGGGACUUUCCGCAAUCACGAGGAAACGGAUAGUGAGCGCAACUACGCUUUUCACGGCCUCGCACAAGCCAUUGGCUCGUCGGCUACAUCAACUGUUUCAUCGCAAUCAAAGAGCCGCUCGGCAACGGCCGUUUCAGCCGUUUCAGCUUCAACUGUUACAUCAAAACGCUCACAGCCAAAGAGCGAGAUCACCUCGACAACUGUCACUGAGAGUGUGGCCAGUAAACGCUCGAAACAAUCCGGCCCAGCGCAACUUCCACGAACUGGACUUCCGAAAUCUCGUACCUCGACUCUUCAACAAAUCCACGAGCACGAGGAACUCCAUGUGCCCAGAUCCCCGGAUGAGUUACGCGUCGAUGUCGGCCCUCCAUCGGGUCCAAUUCUUGCACAAGCGCCCGUCACCUCGCCAGCUUACAAUGAGAAAUUCCAAUCGCUUCGCGUCGUCAAAAGUGUACGCCAAUUCGUUCAGCAUCAAAAUCAGCAAACGAAUCAUCUCACGAGCACGGCUCCACCCGUUUUCUACUCACCACACGUGCACGCUGUUCAAGCGCCACCACAGCCUCCACCGCAUGCCAACGAUCCAGUGCCAGCUCCUCGUCAUACCGCCGCUCCUCCAGCUUUGCCACAAAAUGACACCUCGCGAAGGGGCAGUGUUCAAUCUCAAAUCUCUCAUGUGACGUCAAUUUCCGCGAACUCGUCCGUUUCUCAGCAAUCCGCUCGACGAGCUCAUCAUGAAAGCGUCUCUCAGCACAGCGCCAUUCGUAGCAUCACCUCUAGCCACAAGGCGGCACAGGACCACUCACACCACCAUAGCAACGCCUCGCUUCAAAAAGUGCCCGCGCUUUCCCACUCGAACUCCUAUCACAGUGUCGCGUCGCAGAAAACCGGAAGCAAGCAGCCAAGCUUGGUUGGAUCGGUGCCGAGAAGCCACAAGAGCAAUGGAUCAAUCCCGAGAAGUCACCAUGAUCAGGCUUCCUCGAAGCGUACAUCGAUCACCUCGCAAGCAACACUCACCGAUGAACGAGUCAAUCAUCAACAAGUCAAUCAUCAAGUCAAUGGACAUCACCAUGAACAGUACGACGAACCCCACUACGAUGAGGUGGAAAAUCACCACCACGAGACGCAAAUAAACCCAGCUUUUGAGGAAUUCCAUCCAACGGAAGUCAAGAUCCGUGCCGAGACGCAUUUGUUGACCGAGCUUGUGCCUGUUGCUGAACGCCGAGCCCUUUUCGAGUCAACUGAAGCGCAUCACGCUCGCAAUUUCUCGAUCAACCGCAAGAACGUCCAACACGAUCACCUCCCACCGAUGGUCAACUUGCUCGGA